AUGCAGCGUGCUCAAGUGUCAAAUUCGCAAAGUGCUCUUCAAACAAAGUUUGUACCUGCUCAGAAAACGCGAUUGCAAUCAAUAAAAGAUUGUGCUCGGUACGUUUGGGAGAAACUUGUCAAACUAACGACGAUUGUGCUGCCGCCAAAUCUCGGUGCGAUGACAAUAAGUGUCAAUGCAGACAUCAACAUUUUGCCUACUCUGAGAUCGAAUGUAGACUGGCGAGUGAAUUAUUACUUAUGGCUUUUUUCCGCAUCUUCCAUAGAAAUGCCUUGUAAUGUAUCAAGUCACUGCCGUGUUCAUAUCAGCAACUCAUACUGCAUUGACAAAACCUGUCAAUGUACACGAAAUCACUUGCUGAGGAACGGAAAUGCAUGCGUCCCAGUGACAGCCUCGUAUUGUUCAACGACCGAUGACUGCUCGGACCCUGAAUCUAUUUGUAUUGAGAAUCGGUGUCAAUGCAGGACCAGCUAUGUGAUGCGGAAGUCAAAAUGUCUGCCAACAAAAUUGGCUGAACGAUGCAGUAAACAUUCAGACUGCUCCGAAGUAAAGUUUGCGAUGUGUUUAAAUGGACAAUGCGUUUGUAUUGAUAAAUUCUUCGCUGUCAAUGCAACAACUUGCGCAAAAGCUCUUGGUGGGAGCUGCAUUACCAAUAAAGAUUGUACUGUUAGAUUCUCUAGUUGUUUUGAACGAAUUUGUCAAUGCAAUCGAGACUACACACAAUAUUCCGAUAGUCAAUGCGUUGCAAUGGAACUAGGGACGACUUGUUUUGACAACAGCACUUGCAAUCUGAUAAGAAACGCGCAUUGCUUUGAGAAUCAAUGCAGUUGCAAGGACAACCAUGUUGAAAUAAAUGCAUUUACAUGCUCUCCGUUGCUCAACGCUAUCUGCUCCGAUGUCCUAGAGUGCGCUCCCACGAACUCGGUCUGCAUUGAUCAUAAGUGUCAAUGCAAGUUCAGUUACUUCAUGAAGUCCAACUACGAGUGUGUCUUAAUGUACUUGGAACAGCGAUGCAGAAUUGACAAGGACUGCAUUGACAUUCGCUUCGCAAAGUGUUCUGACGCUGGAAAAUGUGUCUGUCAUCAGAAUUACGUGCGAACUGGCCCAACAACUUGUUCUCCAACUCUGGGAGGUUACUGCACAAGCAACAGGGAGUGUGUCACUAUCAAUGCAGAGUGUUCCAGGUACCGAUGUCGCUGUUCCGCAGAAUACAUGCAGUUCUCUGUUAACCUCUGCUUACCUGUGUUCCUGGGACAGAAGUGUAAUAUGGACGAUGAUUGUAAUAAAAUAUCAAACGCUGGGUGUUUUAACAAAAAAUGUCAAUGCAGGCGAGGGUACACAAAGUUCAACCACGAGAAUUGCUUGCCUCUGAUUGGCGCAAGCUGCACGGAACAUAAAGAGUGUGCUGUCUACAAUUCUAAUUGCGUUAACAAUACGUGUCAAUGCUUGGAGACUUAUGUUCCACAGACUCAGUCCCAGUGUCUGUCGACUGCCCUUGACGUCAUUUGCUACAGUAACAAUGACUGUGAAAUUCUGAAUACACACUGUUCAAGGUUUCAAUUCUGCGUUUGUAAUAAAAAUUUCAUCGCCAUGGACAGUAAAUCAUGUGUUACUAUCCUGGAAGCGGAUUGUAUUACAAACGCAACCUGCACCACUGCUAAUUCCGACUGCAUUGAGAACAAGUGUCAAUGCAACCAAGGUUUUGUCCGAGGGCUUUACAAUGAUUGCGUAUCAGCCACGUUAGGCGAUGCCUGUGCAACAAAUCUUGAUUGUAAAAACAUACCAAAUGCAAUUUGCAUUGACAAGAAAUGUGCGUGCAAACUCGACACAUUCGCAUUGACCCCGUCAGCCUGUACCCACUUGUUGAACACCAAUUGCUCGUCUUCCGCCGAUUGCGGCAUCGACGCGUCUCAUUGCUUUGAGAAUAAGUGCCAAUGCAUUUCUGAUUGGACGGCAAUCACGGAUACGAUAUGUGCAAAACGUAAGUACAGGCUAUUUUAUUCGUUGGUCGUGAAAAAAGCUUUACAAAAUUGUUCUGCAGGUUUUGAGCUGUAUUAUUGUAACGAUGCACUUGAUUGCGGCGAACCGUGGCAUUCAAAGUGUUCCCAGAAUAGGUGUGUCUGCAACGCAAAUCAUAUGGCUGUCAAUGAACUGACUUGCUUGCCAAUUCUGGGUGGACCUUGCUGGAAAGAUGAUCAAUGCAUGACGAAAAACACACACUGCAUUGACUUUAAAUGUCAAUGCAAGCCCGGUUUUGUUUCUGUGGCUACAAAUAUGUGUGUGGCAAGCUGA